AAGUGCGGCGGCCCUUUGUAAGUGGCACUUAGGGUGGGCGCCUAGAAUCGUGGAGGUCAGAGAAGCCGAGCCAUGGAAGCGGAUUAUUACAGCCCCGAACACUCGGAUGAUGGUGGUGCAACACCAGUUCAAGAUGAGCGUGACUCUGAUGAUGAGGGAAACGAUCAUGAACAACAUGGGUCAAAUGGUGAAAGUCCGGCACGUCAAUAUGAGAAUGACCACAGCGAUGAAGACGUGAAAGGAGGUGGCAGUGGGUCUGAGAACGAAGCCAACGAUUCAGAAGAAGAUGAACAUAGGGAGCGUACCUCUAGCGAUGUAGAGAACGGUAGCUUUAAUCGUAAUGCCAGCGACUCUGAAAAUGAAGAAGCUCAAAAUCAUGUUGCCAGUGAUUCAGACGAUGAGCCAACCAGACAUAAAGGCAGUGGUGACGAUGGUACUCCUGUGAAAGGAGGAGCCAGCGACUCAGAGGAAGAGGUACGAUCUAGGCAUUCUGGAAGUGAUUCUGAUGAGGACACACCCAGUAAAAAUGAAGCCAGUGAUUCUGAAGGCGAGUCUCGCACCAAGCAUGUGGCUAGUGACUCAGAAGAUGAGGCUCCCGCCAAGCGAGCCCAUAGCGACUCGGAAGAUGAGACACCCACCAAGCGUGCCCCUAGCGACUCGGAAGAUGAGACACCCACCAAGCGAGCCCCUAGCGACUCGGAAGAUGAGACGCCCACCAAGCGAGCCCCUAGCGACUCAGAAGAUGAGGCACCCAUUAAGCGAGCCCCUAGCGACUCGGAAGAUGAGAUGCCCACCAAGCGAGCCCCUAGUGACUCGGACGAUGAGGCUCCCAUUAAGCGAGCCCUUAGCGACUCAGAAGAUGAGGUUCCCACUAAGCGAGCCCCUAGGGAUUCGGAAGAUGAGGCUCCCAUCAAGCGAGCAGCUAGCGACUCAGAAGAUGAGGCUCCUGCAAAGCGAGCAGCUAGCAAGUUAAAAGAUAAGGCUCCUCCAAAGCGAGCAGCUAGCAAGUUGAAAGAUAAGGCUCCUCCAAAGCGAACAGCUAGUGACUCGGAAGAUGAGGCUCCUGCAAAGCGAGCAGCUAGCAAGUUGAAAGGAAAGGCUCCUCCAAAGCGAGCAGCUAGCAAGAUGAAAGAUAAGGCUCCUCCAAAGCGAACAGCUAGUGACUCGGAAGAUGAGGCUCCUGCAAAGCGAGCAGCUAGCAAGUUGAAAGAUAAGCCUCCUCCAAAGCGGGCAGCUAGCAAGUUGAAAGAUAAGGCUCCUCCAAAGCGAACAGCUAUUUUAAGUGACUCAGAUGAAGCUCCCACCAAGACAGCAGCUCUUGAUUCAGAGGAUGAGCCUCCUACCAAGGGACCGGCUAGUGACUCUGAAGAUGAAGCUCCUGUUAAACCACAUAGCAACUCCGAAGAUGAUACACCUGCUAAGCAAGCUGCCGACAAUUCAGAGGAUGAGUUUCCAAGGAUUAAAAGAAAAAUAGUUUCAUCCGAUGACAGUGAUGAAGAAGAGGAAAGAAAACCAAAAAACAAAAAGAAAAGGUCACCACGACGCAGAUCUGGAAGUGAUGAUAGUGGGAGCGAGAGAGGAAAGAAAAAGGCAUCUGACAGCGAAGAAGAAAAUGUGUCAAAAAGAAAAAACGUGAUUUCAGACAGUGAAGAUGACGAGGCUGCUGCUAAGCCAGCCAAUAAAAAGAGCCGUAUGCUCUCGGAUGGGGAAGAUUCUGACAGCGAAUCCGAAUCCAAGAAAACUCCUCAGAAGAAGAAGGUGAUGUCAUCUGACAGCGAGGACGAGGACAGGGAUAAAUCCAAGGAAGAGCCAAAAAAUGCAGAUAAUAAAAUGUUUGGUAGCGACAGUGAAUCUGGGAAUGAGAAGGAAGAAAAUCUAAUUGCAGAUAUUUUUGGGGAAUCUGGGGAUGAAGAGGAAGAAGAGUUUACAGGUUUUAACCAAGAGGAUCUGGAAGGAGAAAAGACAGUGGCUCCAAAACCACAAGCAGAGGAAGAGUCUGACUCUGACGAUGAUAGGAAAUCCAGUAAAAUGGGUGACUUCAAAUCUGACUUUGAGAUGAUGUUAGAGAGGAAGAAGAGCAUGGGUGGUAAGCGGCGGAGAAACCGGGAUGGCGGCACUUUUAUAAGCGAUGCAGACGAUGUAGUGAAUGCUAUGAUUAUGAAAAUGAAUGAGGCGGCAGAGGAGGACAGAAACCUCAACACCACCAAGAAGCCAGCCCUAAAGAAACUAACCCUGCUUCCCACUGUAGUAAUGCACCUUAAAAAACAAGACUUGAAAGAGACCUUUAUUGACAGUGGUGUUAUGUCUGCUAUUAAAGAAUGGCUCACACCCCUUCCUGAUCGUAGCUUGCCAGCCCUAAAGAUCAGAGAGGAGCUGCUAAAGAUCCUGCAAGAGCUGCCUAGUGUAAGUCAGGAAACUUUAAAACACAGUGGCAUUGGCAGAGCGGUUAUGUAUCUGUACAAGCAUCCAAAAGAGUCAAGACCGAACAAGGAUGUUGCUGGAAAGCUAAUAAAUGAAUGGUCACGGCCUAUCUUUGGGCUGAGCUCCAACUAUAAAGGGAUGACCAGGGAGGAGAGAGAGCAGAGAGAUCUGGAGCAAAUGCCACAGCGUAGAAGAAUGAGUAGUUCGGGUGGCCAGACACCAAGGAGAGACCUGGAUAAGGUGUUGACAGGAGAAGAAAAAGCAUUAAGACCCGGUGACCCAGGUUUCUGUGCUCGUGCCCGUGUUCCUAUGCCUUCCAACAAGGAUUAUGUAGUCCGACCAAAGUGGAAUGUGGAAAUGGAAACUUCUCGGGGAGCUUCAAAGAAAGGAGUAAGUCGAUUGGACAAACAGAUGAGGAAGUUUACAGACAGCCGUAAGAAGACCCGAAUUGGCCAUGCUGUGAAGAUCAGCAUAGAGGGGAACAAGAUGCCAUUGUGACACCCACUGUUCUCUUAUGUGUCAGGAUAGUGCUGGGCCUCUUCAUGAACUCUAUGUUGGCCCCAUUGUACUAUCACUAAAUUGGACUCUGUGGAGCCUUUUGCAAUAUUUUUAAUGCAUUUUUCCCUCCCCCCUAAACCUCCCCUGUAAAUGUGUUCUAUUCCUUGCAGGAGACCUGUCUUCUCCUGUGCUUCCCCAGUCAUAGAGAGAACAAGGUCCCCGUUUGUGGGCCUUAUUUAAUGCUGUUUGUACAGAUUCAUUUCUCUUCGUACCUCAAUAUCUGGAUUUCGGACAAUAAAAUUCUCUCUUGGUUUUUCUAACUUUGUCGUAAG